CUGCACUUCCAGUUACCUAGAGGUACGCGAUGGUGCUGACUCCUCUGCCCCCAUCAUUGCCAAGCUGUGUGGAAGUUUGAUGCCAGGCUCACAGAGAUCUUCAGGAGCUGUCAUGUACCUGAGGUUCAGAUCUGACAGCAGUUCCACGCACAUGGGAUUCAAUGCUAAAUACUCCAUCGCUCCCUGUGGCGGAACAGUGAUAGGACAAACUGGCAUCAUUGAAAGCGUGGGGUAUCCUGAGCUUCAUUAUCAAGACAACCUGCUGUGUGAAUGGUUUCUGCAGGGUCCCAGGGGCCACUAUCUUACCAUCACACUGGAAGGCCUAGAUAUUCAAAACUCUUCCGAGUGCACAAAUGACUUUGUGGAGAUCCGAGAAUACAACGCUUCUGGAAAUUUGUUGGGCAGGUACUGUGGUAAUACUCUCCCUGAGGCUGUGGACACCUCUGACGGUUUUGCUUAUGUCAAGUUUGUCACUGAUGGAUCAGUCAAUGCCCGAGGAUUCAGACUGCGCUUUGAUUCCAGUACUGAAGAAUGUGGUGGGGAUUUUACUGCCCCUGUUGGAACAUUUACUUCACCCAACUAUCCCAACUUAUACCCACAUAAUCGAGUGUGUGAAUGGAGGAUCACUGUGGAAGAAGGUCGACGUGUGACUCUAACCUUUAAUGAUAUGAAAACUGAAGAACACUGGAGGUGCUCAUUGGAUUACGUGGCUGUUUACAAUGGCCUUAGACAGAACUCACCUCAGCUGGCCAAGCUGUGUGGUGAGGUCAAUCCAGGAACUGUGGUGAAGUCCUCUGGGAACACAAUGAAAGUAAUUUUGGUGACAGAUACGUCUCAUGCAACAAGAGGCUUCAGUGUCUCAUACACAUCUAGUGAAGAUGCAGUUUGUGGUGGAACCUUGAUGGGAUAUGCAAAUGGGAAUUUCUCUUCUCCUGGUUAUGAUGGUGUCAAAAAUUAUACAAGUAACCUGAACUGUGAAUGGACCAUGGAAAACCCCUCCCACUAUAAUUCAUCCAUAUAUAUAUCUUUUGAGGAUUUUCACUUGGAACGACACCAGGACUGCCAGUAUGACUACAUAGAGUUAAGAAUAGGGGAUGCUGAUGGAGAGCUAAUAGCCAGACUUUGUGGUCAGGCUGCACCAUCUGUGCCACUGGUUAUAGCUGCUCCCCAGAUCUGGGUACAUUUUGUAAGUGAUGAAAACACAGAAGAUAAAGGAUUCUUGGCCCAUUACACUUUUGAAGCCUGUGGUGGUAUACAGUCAGGUGAAAGUGGAGUUCUCUCAAGUCCUAACUACCCAGCGCCUUACAGCAACCUGAAUCACUGCUCCUGGUUGUUGGAAGCCCCUGAAGGUGAAACCAUCACUCUUACUUUUACAGCCUUUCAUGUUGAAAAUCAUUCACUUUGUAAGUGGGACUCUGUUACUAUCCUGAACGGCGGCUCUCCUGGAUCUCCUGUCAUAGGGAAGUAUUGUGGAAACACAUCCCCUGGGACUAUUCGGUCUGGUUCCAACAAGCUAGUCAUCAUCUUUAACUCCGAUCACUCAAUUCAAGGAGGCGGCUUUUAUGCAACAUGGACAGCAGAAUCUCUAGGAUGUGGUGGAAUCAUUCAUUCAGAUAACGGUACAAUCAAGUCUCCUCAUUGGCCUCAAAACUUUCCCAUGAACACCAGGUGCACCUGGACCAUCAUUACACAUGAAAGCAAACACUUGGAGAUGAACUUCCACAGUAACUUCCAGAUUCCAGAUAGCAAUGGAAGCUGCCAGAGCAGUUAUGUGAAG